ACGUGCGCGUCCAUCGUUCCGAAAUCGUGACCGAUACUCGGUGCUCCGCUCGCCGCAUUUCGGGGCUCGUAUCUGAAAACCACCUGUUCGCCAAAGUGUUCAUCGGUAGCUUCGCUGCUGAUACUUCAUUGCUCAACUGUUUCGUAGCGAGAACAUCCCCCGGGCUGUUCCUUGCUCCCCCAUAUCCAGAUUUUCGAUUUAUACCGCGGUAAAGCAAUCGAUUCGAAAUUAUUAACUUGGAUAUUCGGUGUUACUGGCAGUUUCCACGAUAUUUGACCGUUGAUUGGUCGCGUUUAUAUUACCGCCAUGUUGUUAUUAUUAAUCCCCGCGUUACGUAAGUCUUGUGACUCAAAGUAGUGUACAAAAACAAUAAAUUAUCAAACACAAGUUCGACGUAUGUAAUGAACAGUGAAAUUUCACCGCGGUUAGAAGUGUGACCGAAACGAAAGUUUAUACAUUUCACGUGUAACUAAAGAAAUUUUUCAAAGUGUCAAAAUAAGCGUUAAAGUGACAGUGAGGCGCAUUGGAUUAUGCUUUUCGGAUAGCCAGAAGGGCGACGUCUCGCGACGCGCCGCAGCAGAACGAGGAUGAAGAGCCGAUCAAAAUAACGACAGGACCUGAAAUUCGGCGAGGUGUUGAAUGCGGAAUAUUUUUCAAUAAUACGCUCGUUCGGCAAGGGAGAAAAGCGGCUGAGGGGUGCCGGCGGAGCCGCAACGGUGACGAGAUGAUGGAGGGGAUCGACGCGUCCGAUAACGCUUAUCUGGAGGCGCGAUAGCCGCGCUGCGUUUGCCGCCUCAGUCGAGUCGUGGACCUCAGGUGCUUUUGGAUCGUUUCGUGCGUGAGAAUCGUGGUUCAAUUAGUACGACGCUUUUCGUCUCUUUGUUUUUGCCCGGUUUCCCUCCCCCACCCCCUGGUUUUGGUUUAUUAGUGAAGUGAAUUUCUCGAGCUCGGGAAGCCUCCGAAGAUCGGAAAAGUUGGGGAAAUUCGUCGGCGAAGCAACCGGAAGCGGUUCAGAUUUUCUUGCAGCUCCUUCCCUCUACCCUUUGCCGCAAGCUCAAGCUGCAACAAGGCUUUAAGAACCCCCAGGGAACAAAGGAACUACACCCAGACUGCACCGCCGGCACGGCAGGCCAAGUUUCUAAUUAAACUUAAACUUUUAAUUGACUUAUUAUAAAGCUGCGCCCUCUUUGCCCGGGUCUCAGCGUUUUGAGACCCUCAAGUGUGCACCGGAUUCUCGAGAUUAGUCCGUUCCAACGAUAGUGUGUAUCGAUCAAACCGGACUCCGAACUUCGAUAUCUAAUCGGUGAUUCCCGCUCCGCCAUAUUGCUUUAGCCACUCGCCACCGGCGGAGUACCUUGCAGGACGUUUUCAAAACGUUUUAUCUAAUAAUCAUUCGUGGUGAAGUGAAGUGCCGCGCUACACUAAAUUCCGUGUAAGUCGUCCUAGAGGUUGUGUGUCAAGUGUGCUAAGCGGCGUUUGGGGGUUCAAACCUUCAAACCUCAAGCAGAACGCUGUCUUCCGCAACGUUAGCCAGCGCUCAGCUGGGCGGACACCGCGUUUUCAUCCCCAGGAGGUCCCCCAUGAAAAUGCUCCACUCGCUGAACGCCCUGGCGGGUAAAAUCUCGCCGGGUUCACCGACCGACAGCAACGCCAACAAGGUUCACAUGCACAACAACAACGUUGUUCACCCUCAUCCCUACUCCAAGCAGCCGCCCCAGCAGCAGAGUAACAGUGACCAGAAGGAAAACACCAUGAUGAACAACAACAGCAUGGAGCAGCCUGACCCCGACUACAUUAAGAUGUUCGUGGGUCAAGUGCCUCGUAGCAUGGACGAAAAUGACUUGCGGGCAAUGUUUGAGGAGUUUGGCCGCGUUCACCAGAUCAACGUUCUUCGCGACAAGGUCACCGGGAGCAGUAAAGGAUGUUGUUUCGUGACGUUUUUUACAAGAAAGGCUGCCCUGGAGGCGCAAAACGCACUGCACAAUAUCAAGACGCUCAGUGGGAUGCAUCAUCCGAUCCAGAUGAAACCCGCUGACAGUGAGAACAGAAACGAACGGAAGUUAUUCGUCGGCAUGCUGUCUAAGAAGUACGGUGAAAUCGACGUGCGGAGUAUGUUCGGAGUUUAUGGUGCCAUCGAAGAGUGCACUGUCCUCAGAGACACUGCCGGUCAGAGCAAAGGAUGUGCCUUCGUGACAUUCGCGAGUAAACAGUACGCGAUCAACGCCAUCAAGUCGCUGCAUCACUCCCAGACCAUGGAGGGAUGCUCGUCACCAUUGGUUGUGAAGUUCGCUGACACGCAGAAAGAGAAGGAUCAGAAGAGGAUGCAGCAGAUACAGGCCAACCUCUGGAACCUUGCUGGUGUCAACAUGGCUCCUCACUACCUCACGACUAACGAAACGCAUUCGUUGGCGCCGGCCUCGCUCCAACUUCUGCAGCAGCUUCAAGCUUCUUCGAAUCCUGGCACACCUGCAAACGCCGCGGCGAAUGCCAACGCUCUGUCCAGUGUUCAGCACCAGCUUCUGCUUCAGCAGCAUCUCGGUCUUGGGGGAGGAACGCCGGCACCCGCAGCGCCCCAAACCGUUCCCAGUCCGCCGGAAAUCAACCCCGCCAAUUUACAAGGCCUAGCGACGCUGGCGUCUCUUAGCAACUCGGCGGGUGAGUACGGGGCUGGAGUGUCACCGAUGAGUAUGCAAAACCUCGUAACUCUGGCUGCCAUGACAGGCGGAAACGGAAACCUCCAAGUCUCUCCAAACACGCUCAGCGGGUUGGCAAAUUCAACUGCAGGUAUGUCGCUAUCUGCGCUACUUGGAAAGACGGGAAGUACAGGGUCGACGGGAGGCAACUUGAGUCCUGUGACGUCAUUAGCGCUAAACUCCUUGACAGGAGCACCUCUCAACGGCCUCCAGGAUUCCCUGACAAACGCUUAUUCCAGCUUGCAGCAAUACGCAGGGUUUCCGGCAUUCACCGGCGCCGCUGCAGCUGCGGCCGCCGCGGCAGCGGCAGCUCAGAAUUCCACUUCCGGUCCCGCCGGGAAACAGAUCGAAGGCCCUGAGGGAGGAAACCUAUUCAUUUACCACCUUCCCCAAGAAUUUAGCGAUACCGAUCUCGCAUCUACUUUUCUACCGUUCGGCAACGUUGUUUCGGCGAAAGUUUUCAUUGACAAGCAGACAAACCUGAGCAAAUGUUUCGGCUUCGUGUCCUACGACAACGCGGCGAGUGCCCAGGCGGCCAUUCAGGCGAUGAACGGCUUCCAGAUCGGCACCAAGCGACUUAAAGUACAGCUGAAACGGUCGAAGGAAGCGUCGAGGCCUUACUAACCGUCGUCGAUUAUCCAGGUGGCCUGUGACCAUGUGACCAUGUGACCAUAUAUUCGACCGGAGUCGCCGCGCCAUGUCCGUCUCAGUCAGUCACGAUCAGUUUCUCAGUCAGUCUCGUAUAUGUGUCGGUGCCUAUACAUAAUAUAUAUAUAUAUGUAUAUAUAUAUACACACAAUCACACACGCACACACACACACAUACACAAAACCCUCAAAAACCUAUACAUAUAUAUAUAUAUAUAUCGAAACUCGCUCUCAUCGUCCCUCGCUCGAUAUAUAAAUUCAUUUUAAUAACUCGUUCCCACCUUUUCCAUAUUCCAUAGUCCCAAAUUCACCCACAUUGUAACAACUUGCACUUCACCAUGCACCUGUCACCCUCGCCAUUAUAUUAUUAUGUAGUUAAUUAUUCGAGUGAUAGAUGAAUAAUACACAUUUCUGUUUGGUAUGAUUGUUCGUGUAAUAUUAUCGCUGUAAAAUAAAACGAGGUACUAAAUCCGCAGAUAAAUGCGCAAUUAUGAGGAAACGUGAGCGAGGUGAGAAAAAUUGAAAAGAAAAAAUAUAGAGUAUCCUCUUUUUCGGUAUAUCAUAGGAUAUCAUUACAAAUGAUCCUAAUCUUUUUCUACAAAACUUGCAUAUUUGUACGUGCAUAUACGUAUAUACGUGUAUAAACAAAUUUUUUAUAUAUAUAAAUAGUACGUGUGUUUAUGAAUGUUAUUCUGCACGAAACGCGGAUUCAAAAAAUUUUUUCGCACAACUACACUGAAAACAAACUACAAAACAGAUAACGUGUAAUAUAAUAUUGAUUAUGUUCGUUGUAAAUAUGUGUGGUUAUUAUUAUACGCGAGGAAAAUACGUACAUAUUCGAAACGAUGUACGAGAAACGAAUACUAAACACACACACACACACAUACACAAAAUGUUACGAGCAUUAUUAUUACACAAUUACUGUUAAACAUGCAUGAAAUUAUGUGUACACCGUUAUUAUAAACUACGACUGGAAAUUUAUUUUUAUCAAGUUAAUAUCGGAAUUGAAUAUUUUUCGGGGUCGAAGGGGGAAGAAAAAAGGGAAGAUUUACCUCUACGUCUUUAUAUCGUACGGUAACGAAAACGACAAAACGAUGUCUGUGUAUAUAAUAUUUAUGCAUAUACAGUUUAAUUUAUUCCCGUUUAAUGAUUGAUUAUGUAUGAAGAGGCGUGGACGAAAAUUAACAAUAGUGAUGACAAAUUAAUGAUGAAAAAAUUGUUAUUGUGUAUACAUUACAUAUAUACGUAUAACCAAUGCACAAAAAUACACAACAUGUAUAUGCGUGUGAUUGCAAAGCGGCACUCGGAUAUCUCGUUCUAACAUUUGUAUACAAAGGAAACGAAAUAAAAAAAAAAAAAGGAAAAGAAUAAAUAAAUAAAUGGAAAUCAUCGCGCAUUAAUGAUUUCGAGAGUAAAAAAAAAAAAAUAAAAUGAUUUAUAUACAUAUGUGUGUGUGUGUG